ACACAUGACAUGCACAAGAAGAAAAUUAAAUGGCAGUGUUGGAAGCCAAGAUUGUUGUGAGUGCAUCAUCCGAUGAUGAUGUUUUCGAGACAGGAAAAUUUGUGGUGACGACGAUAACUGUGAAAACUUCAGAUGCCUCGAGACCACCUACGGAACUGUUCAUUGUUGCUCCUCUCGAGAAGGGCACAUACCCUCUGCUGCUCUUCUGCCAUGGUUUUCUGUUUGGUAACAAUUGGUACUCCAACCUCCUCGGCCACAUUGCUUCCCAUGGCUACAUAGUUGUUGCUCCUCAGUUCUAUGGAUUCAUACCCAUUUCCAUGGCUGAGGAAGUGAGGAGAGCAGCCCAAGUGACAGAGUGGCUAACCACAGGCCUCCCUCUUGUGCUUCCUGAAAAGGUCAAUCCCGACAUCGACAAUCUUGCUCUUGCAGGCCACAGUAGAGGUGGCAAGACUGCUUUUGCCUUGGCACUGGGGAGAACAGAACAAAAAUCCCGCAAAAAAAAAGCACAGUCAAUAAGGGACGUCGUCAUCGACGUCGACGUCUCUCAACCCUCCAAAUUCAAGGCAGUAAUAGGAGUAGACCCGGUGGCUGGCUCUUCCCCGUCGGAUCGCCCCCCACCCCAGAUCCUUGAAUACAUCCCUCGAUGCUUCAACAUGUCGAUCCCUGUGGCCGUGAUUGGCACCGGAUAUGGCAACCAAUCAGUAGGCAUCUUGCGGCCUCCUUGUGCCCCGGACGGCGUUAACCACUCGGAGUUCUUUAAUGAGAGCAAACCACCAGUAUGCUACUUUCUUGCCAAGGAUUAUGGUCAUUGCGACAUGCUGGAUGAUUGGUACGCAAAUAUGAUGAGUUAUGUGUGCAAGAGUGGUAAGGGGCCCAAGGAUCUUAUGAGGAAGAGCAUCGGAGGUAUUGUGGUUGCAGUCCUCAAAUCUUAUUUGGGAGGUAGUGAUGACGCUCUCAAUGCCAUUGUCCAUGAUCCCACUACUGCUCCUACAACGCUUGAUCCCGUCAUUUAUGUCAAAGAAUGAAAUAGCAAGUCGUGUUUUUAUGCUAAAAAAUGUUCAACUUUUGAGUAAUAAAGUUGUUGGCCAAGUGACUGGCCUCGCCCUCUGAAUGUAGUGUAGUUCGUAUCGGUAUUUGUAUUUUCUCUCUUCUAUUUGUGGUCAGAAUAAAUUGUAAUGCGUUUGCUCAGAUGCCGAAUGAACUUAAAGGAAAAAUCCAUCCUUGUGUCUGAUUA